AUGGGUCGGAAGAAGAAGGAGGCGCGUGAAGGGAAGCAGACGCUGAAGCAGGCAAAGGCAGCUUUCAAGGCGCGUGGGUCGACCCUCGUCACCGACACAGAGAAGCGUCAACUCGAGCGUGGCGCCAUCCUGUUGCAACGUGCUGAGCGCAUCAAAGAGGCCGAGACACGACGGAAGGAAGUGCUGAAGAAGAAAGCUAUUCAAGACACAAAAGCAACAAAGGCCUGCCUCCUAGGCACUCAACGUGUCAAUGACAGAUUCGGCUAUCAAAGGAGUCAAUUUCACUUGGGCGCCUUCUUGAAGCCCAAGGCCGCUGUUCCUGCUGUUGCUCCUGCGCCCUUGCCGGCUUUGGAAGAAGAGUCACCAACUGAGCCUUGGGAGGACGACGGUGUAGACGACGAUACUCUGCUCGACUUGGCUGGAGAAUCACCUGUCACGACACUCAAAGCACCAUCACAGCAAACGCCUAGUAAGACUCAUGGCGACGUGAAGCGCCAACUCGUAUCUCCUUCGACGACCGAUGAAUUUGGCAGCUGGGGAGAUCUUUUCGAAGGGAGCUCCCAGUUAGCAUGCGACCUCUCCGUACCUCAGAAGCCCACUCCGCCCACGACACGUUCAUUCGACCGCAUACCAUCUUUCACGUCCGCUGACUUUGAUCUCUCCGCCGACGAUCUCGACGAGUUGGAAUGGUCGGUCAACAAUCUACCGCCCCAGNNGAGAAAUAUCACUGCCCUACAGGCAAACAAGGAAGGGGAUGUGACAUCUUGGUUGAACGGGGAGAACAAGAAAGAAGAGGCAGGGCGCGAUGUUGACCGCAAGCUGAUGCCGCCGCCGUCCAUGAUUCCCUCCAAACGCCCUUUAUCUGCGAGUACUGCCGGCAGCUCUGCGGCACAAACAACUGUGCCACCUCACGGCAUAAGCCUGGCCGAUCUUGAGUACCUGGCCGGUGAAGAAAUAGAAUUGAGUCAAUUUGGGUGA